AUGGAUUCUAAAGGCGCCACUCUCCCUCCUCAUGUACUCAUUUUUCCGGUACCAAUUCAGGGCCAUGUGAAGUCCAUGCUCAAACUAGCCGAACUCCUCUGUCUUUAUGGCCUCGACAUUACAUUCAUGGUCUCUGAUUUCAGCCACAACCGCCUCCUCAAGCACACCACAGUCGUUUCGCGUUUCAACCAGUAUCCUGGGUUCCGUUUCCAGUGCAUCACCGAUGGGCUUCCUGAUGACCAUUCUCGAGCUGGCCAGCAAGUCAUGGAUCUCCAGCCUUCUACCAAAAACAUAACGGCACCACUCUUCAAGCAGAUGAUGGUUGAGAAGAACUUAUUCGCCUCUGAAACCCGAAGGCCAGUUACUUGCAUCAUAGCUGACGGGUCCCUGCCAUUUGCCGGUGAUUUUGCUGAAGAGAAAGGGAUUCCCCUCAUAUAUUUUCGUACUGUUAGUGCUUGCUCCUUUUGGGCUUUUUUUCGAAUACCUGAACUCAUUGAAGCCGGUGAAAUUUCCGUUGAAGGUAUUGGCAUGGACCAAAUCGUAAAAAGUGUGCCGGGAAUGGAAGGUUUUUUAAGAUUCCGUGACUUGCCCAGCUUUUGCCGUGUCAACGACAUUAAUGAUCCAAACCUUCACAUUAUGAAAUCCGUGACUAGACAGACCACAAGAGCGCAAGCAGCCAUUUUUAACACUUUCGAAGAUCUAGAAGGGUCAGUAGUAUCUCAUAUACGCAAGCACAUACCAAAAAUCUUCACCAUUGGACCAAAUCAUUUCCUCCUGAAGUCGAGACUCGCAGAAAAGAAGGCCGAUAACUCAAUUCUUUCAGGAAGCUUUUGGGCGGAAGACCGGAGAUGUCUCGAUUGGCUUAAUGCACAGCCACCAAAAUCAGUAAUCUAUGUUAGUUUUGGAAGCAUUACAGUUGUGACAAGAGAGCAGCUAUUGGAGUUCUGGCAUGGAUUGGUAAAUAGUGGACAAAGGUUCUUGUGGGUCACGAGGCCGGAUUCAAUUGUAGGGGAAGAUGGGAAGAGUCAAACUCCAAUAGAAUUAGAGGAGGGUACAAAGGCAAGGGGUUACAUGGUAGGAUGGGCACCUCAGGAAGAAGUGCUGAACCACGAAGCGGUGGGCGGGUUUUUGACUCAUAGUGGAUGGAACUCGACUCUGGAGAGUAUUGCGGUUGGUGUGCCAAUGAUUUGUUGGCCAUAUUUUGGUGAUCAAACGGUUAACAGCAGGUUUGUGAGUGAGGUUUGGAAGAUUGGGUUAGACAUAAAAGAUACUUGUGAUAGAGAAAUUAUUGAGAAAGCUGUCAGAGAGCUUAUGGAAGAACGGAAGGAUGAGUUCUUCGAAAGGUCACAAAAUAUGGCAAAUCUUGCAAGAAAGGCUGUUAGUGAAGGUGGAUCAUCGUAUCGCAAUUUGGAUGCUCUUAUUGACUACAUCAAAACAAUGAUAGUCUAG